AUGUCUCUAAGUCUAACUCCUCGCCCUGCGCUUUUACUCAUCGUGCUGCUGCGUAUAAGCCUGGACACUUCUGCUUUCCCUCAACCCUUCAAGAAAAUAUCCCCUUCAUUUGGCCAGGAUUCUUUACAGGAGCUAUGGAAGGUUCUUUACCCUUCCAUCUCACUCCGUGACUGGAGCAUCCAGAUGUUGUCCAGCCCAGACUUCGGUGGAGCAGAGCCCAAAAGAACAGAGCAGCUGCCUGUGGAUGAGUGGAUCCCACUUAGCCAAUCAGAAAUGGAGGAGAAAUUGAUGAUGGGAUGGCCAGUAGACUGGCAGCAGCAGGGGGGCAACAAGGAAAAGAGAAACAUUGUGGUGGCAGACGAUGCAGCAUUCCGAGAGAAGAGUAAACUUCUCACAGCGAUGGAGAGACAGAAAUGGCUAAACUCAUACAUGCAGAAACUCCUGGUGGUUAACUCCAAAUAA